UAAUGAUAGCGUCCUAUGAGGGAUUCGGACGCAUUCAAGAUGUCGUUCCUGCAGACGGAGGUGAUCUGCCACAGCCGCAAAGUCUGCUCACUUUAUAAAAGGGCCCUCAGAAAUUUGGAAUCAUGGUAUGACAGGCGACCCAUGUACCGUUAUCGGGCUGUUCUUUUGAGGGCAAGGUUUGAUGAAAACAAAGAUGUGAAGGACUUGCGAGUAGCACAGCAGCUGCUGGAUGAUGGAGAGAAGGAGCUCUUCAGCCUGAUUCAGUAUCAGCCUAAAAAAUUCCCUCUAUCUCCUGGAGGUGUUGCAUACGAGCGAGAAGUGCGUGCUCCUGACUGGGUACUGGACUACUGGCAUCCGUGGGAGAAAGCUUUCUAUCCCGACUACUUUGCGAAGCGUGAGCAGCGAAAGAAGGAGUAUGUUGAGUGGUGGGAAAAAACCUAUGGCAAACCAGCUGAACAAGGACACUGAAGUUAGCCACUGUGUACCAUUUAUGAGUAUGCUUUAUGUAUAUAAAUUCUUUGCUAAGAGAAUAAUGCUCAGUUUUGGUUCAAGUGAAUAGCAUUUGAAUUUAGAUUGAGCGAAGGUGUCUUUAUAAUAAUUUUCCUCCUAAGAAUGGUAGAUAUGUAUAUUAAAUAAAAAAAAUUAUGAAAACAA